GAAAAGGCACCGCAGUAUCUCACCGGCGAGGCUGGGUUGGGGUUGUCCCCGGGGUGCUCCCAAACACCCCUAACACACACACAAACACACACGCACACAUGCGCUGCGGCCGAACCCAGGGCUGUAGGGGCUAAAGAAGUCUAUGGAAGUAGAAGCCAGCACCAGAUCCCUGUUCCCUGCGGGACCCUGGCAGUUGGGUAGGUGACCUCCAGGACACAGAUGGAGAGUCUCCAGAGACAGAGGCUUUAAUGGACGAAACUCUCUAUAACCAGCUUCAGAUCCUAAUAAGGAGGAGGGCGAAGAAUCAGUGGACGAAGCUCACCUCUUCAUACUUACACUUCAUCAUCCCACCCCUUUCCCUUCCAGGUCACCAUGUCUGCAGGCAAUGGCACCCCUGGGGAUGCCAUCUGGAAUAUCACUGUUCAGUGGCUGGCCGGGGACAUCGCAUGUCGGACACUCAUGUUCCUGAAACUAAUGGCCAUGUAUGCUGCAGCUUUCCUGCCUGUGGUCAUUGGACUUGACCGUCAGGCAGCCGUACUCCACCUGCUUGAACCCCGCCCAGCUGGAAGGAAACUUCUAGGGACAGCCUGGGGACUUAGUUUCCUGCUUGCCUUGCCCCAGCUGUUCCUGUUCCACACCGUCCGCCGAGCUGGCCCAGUCCCCUUCACUCAGUGUGUCACCAAAGGCAGCUUCAAGGCUUGAUGGCAAGAAAUCACCUAUAACCUCUUCACCUUCUUCUGCCUCUUUCUGCUGCCAUUGACUGCCAUGACCAUCUGCUAUAGCCGCAUUGUCCUCAGUGUGUCUAGUCCCCAGACAAAGAAGAUGAACCAUGCCCCUGCCGGUGAAUUUGCCCUCCAUCGCUCCUUAGACAAUCGCUCCCGUGUUCGUCUGCGGGCCUUGCGACUGGCCCUACUCAUCUUGGUGACUUUCAUCCUCUGCUGGACACCUUAUUACCUGCUGGGCCUGUGGUACUGGUUCUCUCCCACCAUGCUAACCGAAGUCCCCCCAAGCCUCAGCCACAUUCUUUUCCUUUUUGGCCUCCUCAAUGCUCCUCUGGAUCCUCUCCUCUAUGGGGCCUUUACCCUUGGCUGCCAAAGAAGGCAAGAAGUCAGUACAGACUCUUCCAGGGAAAAAGGUUCUGAGAGAAUGUCCCAACGGGAUAUUCAAGCCCUUAGACAGCUGCAAGUACAAACAAAUAUGGCAGCAGGAAGGACAGAAGAAACAAAAGAGACAUUCCUAUAACAUCCAUCUGCAUGGUACAGAGUAUAUAGGAACAAAAUAAUUAUGCUUUAAUAUCACAAGGACACAUCACUUCCACCCCUGCUCUCUUAGCUUCCAAGAAAAAGUAGUACUGAGCAGUGUCUCUACUUUGAUCCUAGCUAAGACUUGAGACUAUAUUUAAUGUAGAAAUUCACACAGAAUUGAGGCCCUAGAAGCAUCUUCACAGUGACCUAUACUGCCUUACUGUAAAGAGUGCUUCGGAACUUGCAAUGUUAGAAGAGGAAAAUAAUUUUAAAUGUACAAAACAAAAAUGGGACAUUUAUUCGUAACUCAAAAAAAAAAACAAAAAAAAAAAAAAACCCCAAAAAACAAACCCACUAAGCAAGUAGGGUGAGAGAUUAAAUAUAAACAUGGUGAGUUCCAUCCCAGCCCUAUUUCUCCAAGGCUGCAUGGUCAAACAGAAUCUCUGGAGAGAACAUCUGGACAACAGAGGACCUGUCAGCGCCGCCUCCGGUCUGGACUCCUGCUGCGUCUUCGGCCACCUCUAGGGAAAAGGAAGGGCCCAUCAGAGAACAUAAUACAACGUCCUUAUUCUGUUUUGCUCAUGAUCCCUUCACCAAGAUUUUGCCCUCUCCACUUUACCUCCUCUUGCCCUUAGGUGGACCUCGAACAAAACACCAGUCCACGCUGAUCGGCUGUCCCAUCAAAUCCUGGCCAUUGAGUCCCUCCAUAGCAGCCUGGGCCUCCUUGUAUGUUUCAUACUCAACUAGAGUAUACCCCUGGGACAAGAGAAAAGACAGAGAUCAAAACCCUCAUAUUCCACCAAACACUACCUAAGCAUCUUCUUCCUCAAAUCUAAACUCAUACCAAUACAAAAUUCUGUACUUUUUUUUUUUUUAAAGAUUUUAUUUAUUUAUUUGACAGACAGAGAUUACAAGCAGGCAGAGAGACAGUCAGAGAGAGGAGGAAGCAGGCUCCCCGCUGAGCAGAGAGCCCGAUGUGGGGCUCGAUCCCAGGACCCUGGGAUCAUGACCUGAGCUGAAGCAGAGGCUUUAACCCACUGAGCCACCCAGGCGCCCCCCAAAAUUCUGUACCUUUUAAACAACAAAUAUACCUCAUAUAUCCUUAUUGUAUAUACAAAA